AUGGAGUCGCUUGUUUUUGAGAAAUCGCCGCUAGCGGAUUAUCUCCAGGAAGAGGGCGAGGAUGCCCGGGACUGGGUCGCGCAGGAGGAGAUGGUUGAUAGCACGGACAACGAGUCGGAAGCGCCCAACUUUGCUCCACGAGGGACUUCGAAGUUCCAGAAGAAGAUUCGGAACAAACUGCCCAGGCCCCUGGAUUUAAAGGGCUCUCGUCAAGGGGCAGCCUUGAAUAGGCUCUAUGAGGUUUGCUCGUCCGCCGUGAAUUCGCGCAUUGGAAGGAGUGACAACGAACGGUUUUUGGAACAGUUUGGUUACAUGAUCGUUGCCUCGCAGCUGUUGAACGAACACAGCGCCCCUUCGUAUACCUCCGCAAGCGAUAUCGCAUCGAAUUUCCCGCAGACAGAAUUGCCGUCCAUUUCUACAACCGUGGGCAUUCAAGGGGCUGUUGUCACUGCCACGGCAUCCUUCUCGAUUGUGUGGUUGUUGCAUUGGAGUCGUUCACGCACUGGAUCUGGUUUGGAUCUGCGGCGAGUGGGAGUCUGUCUCAUCGUGUUUCCAGUGGUUGGCGUCAUAUUCUACGCUUUUGCACGACGGCAGUGGUUGAAGUAUCUUCGAUACCAGGCCGUCGACGCGGCCGCCACUUUCAUCAACAGUGCACAAGGGUUUGAUUCUGCGGCUUCCGCCUCGGUCGUAUUCAUCCAAGAGGUCGAGCUAGUUUCCCGGGGUUAUCGAAUCAGCACCCCGCUGCCCCCAGUCACUCGCCUGGAGGAUCAUGCGCAAACUCGCCGGUGCUUGAGACUGCGUCGUGUCGUCUCGGAGAGUCUCUACUCCAUGUUGGAACGUUACAUCCAGAGCCGACGUCUCCUGGCACCGCUCACGGAUAGCGCGAACCUUGAAAAAUACCAGGAUGUCUACGACAUAUCUUUGGAGGACCUUAGGGAAGCCGAAUCUGGUCUCACUGAACGAGCCACAGAAGACCAGUAUUCUUUACGUUCUCUCCGGGUUCUAUUCGGGCGGCUUUAUAGUGUGAGGAAAAGCAUCCUCUGCUGCCUCCUGGCCCUCAGUGCGGAUGGCGGGAAUUCUGAUAUCGCAAGAUGGGGCACUGCGGUGGAAGAGAUGCGAGAUCUGGCCAACGUCACAAGAUUGUGCAUGGCCAAAAUGACCGAUAUUCUUAGCGAAGAAGACUGCGAUCUGAUUCCACCAUCUCCCCUUCCUACAUCCUCUCCGAAUAAGGAGAACCUCCGCGCACAAUACCGACGCCUGAAUUCUCUCUCUCAAGGAAUCCGUUCCCUUCAUGCAAAGAUGCACAUUGUCCGCGAAGAAUCAAAUUCCAAUAUCGAAUCAUCCGCAGAUACCAGUGACAUCGAGGCAACAUUGCUCGCACAGUACGAGUCCAUCGGAGCUGAUAUCCGGGGCCUUCUUCAAGAAUGGGAAGUCGGAAAAUCUGCCCUGAUGAGCAGCUUGGACAGACAGGCUGUGCCUGAUCGUUUCUCACUGUCCUCAAUAGGGUUAAAGUACCCUUUAUCGCCGACUCCCAGCCUGGGAGGCGUUACGGCGGUGGAGGGCGGUCCCGCGGAUGCGCUCAAGGCGCUCAACGGCGAAACCCACCCCCCCAGCCACACCGACGACGACGAAGAAAUCUUUGAGGCUGUAGUAUUUCCGACUCGCAAUAAGAGAGCUUCCCUUACCAGAGAGGAACGGAUCGCACGUGUCAAAGAAGACCGAGCGAGGCAAGCAGCUGCCCGAGAACGCAUGGAUGCCAACACAAACAUGCUCAAAGAGCUUGAAAUGGUCAUCCAGCAGCGGCCUCGGACUUCAAAACGGAAGGAUUGGCGUCCUGGUGUCGAUCCGGGCUGGCUUCCCCGAUCUGGCUUUUAUCCUGUAUAUAUUGAUUUUUGCAUAUAUCUCAUCUCUUGUCUUCAUAAUCUUCACGCACAAAUCACACCGCACAACAUGUUGGAAGCACGGUUAGAACAAGCGAGUCUGCUGAAGAGGGUUGUGGACGCAAUCAAAGACCUCGUGCAGGACUGCAACUUCGACUGCAAUGACUCGGGCAUUGCUUUGCAGGCGAUGGACAACUCGCACGUUGCUCUCGUGUCGAUGCUGCUCAAGGCCGAGGGCUUCUCGCCGUAUCGAUGCGACCGAAACAUCGCUCUGGGAAUCAACCUGGUCUCUCUGACCAAAGUCCUGCGUGCGGCUCAAAAUGAAGACAUCCUUACCCUCAAGGCCGAGGAUGCCCCGGACUCAGUCAACCUGAUGUUUGAGAGCUCCGAGACGGACCGUCUGAGCGAGUACGAUAUCAAGCUUAUGGACAUCGACCAGGAGCACCUGGCAAUUCCGGAUACGGAGUACGCGGCCACAGUCGAAAUGCCGGCAAUGGAGUUCCGUCGUAUCUGCACAGAUCUCAAUCUGUUGUCAGAGUCGGUCGUUAUCGAGGCGACAAAAGAAGGUGUCAAAUUCUCCUGCCAGGGUGACAUUGGCAGUGGCGCCGUGACCAUCCGACAGCACACAAACGUGGACAAGGCCGACCAGAACGUGACCAUCACCCUGUCCGAGCCCGUUGCCCUGACCUUCUCCCUCAAGUACCUGGUCAACUUCUGCAAGGCCACCAGUCUGUCCACCCAUGUGAAGCUUUGCCUGUCUCAGGAGGUUCCCCUCCUGGUGGAGUAUGGCCUGGGAAGCGGCCACUUGCGAUUCUAUCUUGCUCCUAAGAUUGGCGAGGAGGACUGA